GCGCAGGUUAAAAAAUUCGCCCGAUUUGCUUCAACACGAAUACAUUCGUCACAUUCGUUCGUCAGUUGCAAAGCCCGCAAAAGUUGUGCUCUCCUCCAUCAUUGUUGGAUUGGAAGAAAAAACUGCGUGCCGGUUUUUCUAGGAAUCUAGUUUCUCCAUGUCCGGAAGAGUCGUGAAAUCUCGGGAUUAUUAAAUAGAUUGCUGCCUAGCUUGGCCGGUUGGAGUUCUUCCUUUCUGUUUCUGUCAUUUUUUCGUCGACGACCGUUUGUGUCAGUCAAUUUGAAAUUCGCCCAACAGGAGCAACACUACAGAGUGAAGAAGAAGACGGACUGUUGUGUGUCGCGAAAAAGCACUCGAGCUGUAAAGAGAAAGAAGAAUCGUUGGGAAAGGAGUCGUUUGUUGCUGCUGUUUGCAAUAUAUUCGUAGUAAUUACAAGCGGCACAGAGCCGGAUUCCAUUUAAAAUGAGUUCCGGCAAGCCAGAUGAUAAAUCUAGUGAUAUUCCGGAGAAAUUGUACGAUGCUACCACGAAAAGAACCUAUAAGAGGUUGCGAUUUUUCGGCAAGGGUGGAUUCGCAAAAUGCUACGAGAUUAUGGACGUCGUUACGGAAGAGGUGUACGCCGGGAAGAUUGUAUCCAAGAAGCUCAUGAUGAAACACAAUCAAAAGGAAAAGAUGACCCAGGAAAUCACGAUUCACCGGUCGCUGAAUCAUAAAAAUAUCGUUGGAUUCCAUAGCUUCUUCGACGAUCCUUUGAACAUCUAUAUCGUACUGGAGCUGUGCAAAAAACGAUCCAUGAUGGAGCUGCACAAGCGGCGAAAAGUCAUUACCGACUACGAGUGCCGUUAUUACAUCCACCAAGUGCUAACAGGGGUAAAGUAUCUACACGAAAGGCAUAUCAUCCAUCGGGAUCUGAAGUUGGGUAAUCUUUUUCUGAACGAUGAUCUGCACGUCAAGAUCGGAGAUUUCGGAUUGGCGACUAAGAUCGAGUAUGAAGGCGAACGUAAGAAGACGCUUUGUGGCACACCGAACUACAUUGCCCCAGAAAUACUGAACAAGAAAGGUCAUAGCUAUGAGGUGGAUAUUUGGUCGAUCGGUUGUGUUAUGUACACACUGCUCGUUGGUCAGCCACCAUUCGAAACGAAAAGUCUGAAAGAUACAUACACCAAGAUUAGAAAAUGCGAUUAUCGUCUACCAGCAACGUUGCGUUCGAGUGCAGCCGAAAUGAUCUGCUCCAUGCUGCAGUCGGACCCGAUCAAACGACCAAGUGUGGCACAGCUCUUUAAUUAUGACUUCAUCUCCAGCAGUCACAUUCCUUUAUCACUUCCGAUCUCUUGUUUAACGAUGGCGCCUCGUGCCGAUCAACUGGAAGCCACCGAUCGUGCGGGUAGGAAACCACUUUCUGAAGUUAACGAUGACACACGAUUUGAAUCAUCUUUCCUGAAGAACAACUUACACGAUGCAAUUACGGCUUCUGGCACAAUGUCCCGGCACAACGAGGGAUACCGUACUGAUAUUGAGAAUCUGUACAAACAACUGAGCUCAUUGAUCGCAUCGAAGCCACCUAAAUUGAUGGCAAAUUUGGACGAUGAAAACACUGAUCCGGCCGUACAGCCACUCUUCUGGGUGUCUAAGUGGGUUGACUACAGCGAUAAGUAUGGUUUUGGCUAUCAACUCUGCGACGAGGGUAUGGGAGUGAUGUUCAACGAUACCACUAAACUGAUCAUGCUUGCCAAUGGACUUAAUGUGCACUUUAUCGACAAGGAAGGAGUCGAAACGUACAUGGAUACUCACACCUAUCCACCCCAGAUGGAGAAAAAAAUGAAACUGCUGUCCUACUUUAAACGUUACAUGACAGAACAUUUGGUCAAAGCCGGCGCAGGAGCCGUCAACAUUGAAAGUGAUCAAAUAUCUCGUAUUCCCCAUCUGCACACUUGGUUCCGCACAAUGUGUGCGGUGGUAAUGCACUUGACCAACGGUACCGUUCAACUCAACUUCUCCGACCAUCAGAAGAUCAUUCUCUGUCCGCUGAUGCGUGCUGUCACGCUAAUGGAUAACAACAAGAACUUCCGAACAUACCGUUUCUCCACCAUCCAGGAACAAGGUUGCUCGAGCGAUCUGUACCAGAAAAUUCGAUACGCGCACGAAAAACUGAAGAAGUUAUUGGAGAAACUCACGUAGAAGGUAACAGCUGUCUUCGUUUCGGAACAGGUAGUUUUCAUAGCUUAAUUUAGCAGCGGCUCUCUUUCCCAACACGAAAAGUAGCAGGUGACGCGAAUCUUUACGCACACUUUCUCUUUUGGAUAAGUAUUUUUUACACCCUGUUUAGGAAGAUACGAUGAUCUAGAAAUAGAAAUCUUGACGGCAAUCGUUAAUGGAAGAAAAAGUAACUGUAAGCAACACGUUGGUUGUUUCUGACGGAUGACAUUAUCUUUAAUAUUUUGUUCUUUAUCUAAGGUUAUAUUCUAUUCCGUAUAAUAAACAAAUAGAUGUGUGGUAAGGAUAGUGUUACUGGAGUUAGCGCUACCUACCGAAAGAGCUCAAAUGACCGUAGUGUCGACGAAAUAAAAAUUUGUGUAUUCAGUAUUCACAACAGUUGAUAACGUCUAGAAUAAACUGUGCCUUCCUUUCGUAACAGCACUACGGUGUAUGAAAUUAAUCUUUGAGGCCAUUUUCCUUUCUUUGGAAAAUGAAUCCAGCUCAGCCACGCCAUGCCAAUUGAUCGAUCUACUUAGUUCAGAUUGAAACGUUACGUCACGGUACAAAUAUAUGCAUAGAAGUGAACAAACAAGAAUAAAAACCUUGAUCUUUGUUGAUUCCAAUUCAGAAAAGCAGGAUAGCGUUAAGUUAAGCGUUGUAGAUAAUUACUCAUCGAUUAGAAUAA